GGAUCGUGUAUUUCUAUUAUUUGGCCAAUAUGUAGCAACCAUCAUUUCAACCUAUUCCUCAGUUAUCGUUUUCCUCUUUAGGCCGUUUAGAAACGACUCCCUUACCGUCUGAUUUUGAGAAUACUCAGAAUGUGUAUGUUCAAUCUGUUUAUUCGUCAAUGUCUUCUGCAAAUCAAAUUCCAUCAGCACACUCUCCAAAUAACGAACCAGUACAGCAGGAUAUUCAAGAGAUGGAUCAAAUGGAUGAAACAGACAAGAAUCCCACCAAUCCGGAAGAGGGUGUCUCUAUCUCAGUAGAUGCUUCUCAUAACACAAACGAAAGACAAUCUGCUGAUGAAGAGCAAUCCUGUUCUAUGGGCUCAGUUACUACAGAAGACGUACGAGCAGCACUUGCUCAACUAUUUAGCAGUAAAAGCUGUUGCUGGCCGAAGAGAGCAAUAAAAGAAAUGGAUAUAACGAUUAAUAAAAUGUGGAGUUGCUAUGUCUGCUCUUGGGAUAUCUUCUCUGAGGAGCGCUCAGCCGGUGACUAUUACCGAGCAGACAUAAAUAGAAUGAUGGAUACUGAGGAAUAUGGUCCGAUUCCAAAGCUUUGGGAAUAUCCGAUCUCUCCCCCAACUCGAUUUAAGGGUGGAAGGAAAACGAUACGCUGGCCACAUACAGAUCAUAAAGAGACAUGUCCUGAGUGUCGUGGCCAUUGUAGAGUGACGUGUACAAGUUGCAGUGGUAGUGGAACAGUUACCCGUUCACAAUAUGACCCAGAAACUGGAAAACACACAACCACAACUGAAACGUGUAGUCGGUGUUCUGGUACAGGAAGAAUGGAAUGUCCUGAGUGUCAGGGAAAAGGAUAUGUGAUAGGAUUCGUUAUGGCCACUGUGAACUAUUAUAACAGCAAUAUAUCUCUUGUCUUAUAUGGAGGCGAUAUUCCGCCUGAUCCUAUUUGUGAUGCAGAGUCAUCGCUAUGUUUCGAAAAAGAAGGACCGGAUUUACAGGCACCGAGAGAUUUUGAAAACAGCGAUAUCCAGGAAACGUGUUUUGACUUGGAGAAUCGCGCAGCAAAGAGAAGAGCAGAAAUCGAAGAAAAGCGGAGAAUAAACAAUCAACGUCUCAUGGUGAGCGAGCUACCGAUUAUUGAGGCUUAUGGGACAUGGAAAGGAAAGAGCUGUGUGUUCUGGGUCUAUGGAAACGAUUUGAGAGUUUAUGCUCCAUAUUAUGAGGAGAUGUUUUCUUCUUGUUGUACUAUUAUGUUUUCUGUUUGUUUCUAA